UAAGCUGUUAGAAGUAAUGAUCCGACAGCAUAAAAUAGGGCUCAAUUAAUACCCCGUCCGUUCCACCAACUAAUGAGAUACAUAUUCGACGACCACGACCCGCCCAGUCCGACUAAUGAGAUCCGUUACGUUACGAAUCCAGCAGUCCACCUGGAAAUUUUCUCAGUCCAAAAACCAGACCAGACAAGGUUUGGCUUUUUCAUAAACAUCGUAAAACGUUAUCCAUUUGGCUUGUAUCAAAUUUUUCUUACAAGUUUUUUUAUGGUGUAUUUUUGAAAAUUCAUCAGUUUCGUUAAGUGAUGAGGUUACAAAAAAGGAGUAACGUGUCAGAUUUCAGUGGUUAAUUUGACACUUCCAUUUUCAACAUCUUGUCCAACUCGGUUACACAAAUACGUAAUCGGGAAAGUGCUUUCUCACCAGUUUUUUUCCUCUCAGCAAGCCAAACUGACACUAAUUUGUUAAACUUAACACGGUGACCAUAUUAUUUGCAUAAGUUUCUAAAUACAUGAUAAGAUUACGUUAAGUUAAGUGUAUUUUUGAGAGUGUGUAAUCUCUUCGAGUUAUUUUGUGUCUUAAAAAAGACCACUUUUAUCUUUUCAUCUUGUGUAAAUGUGUAACUUAACUUUGAGAUAAGAGCUGAGCUCAAAAUUCAUGUCGUACAGAGGUGACUGACAUUUUUUAUGUGUUUAAUAUUUAAUAUUUUUCUAGACUUACAUAUUUAUUACGUACACUGUACAGAAACCGGACAGAGGAAGUUGUUAACACAUAAUUAUCAGGAUGUAAUAAAUACGACGUGAAUAUUUUGGGUGACCAAAGCAGUUGUGGUUUUGUGAGUGCGGUGAGAACAGUAUAGACAAUUGGAAUCCGGAUCAAAAUUAGUUAGUAUGAAAAUUGUGCAAGUUCCAUAUUAAAAUUUGCAUGUAUCUAAGAUUGACCAGCAAUUUUUAUAGUCAGAAUUUCUGAACUAAACAAAUUCGCUAAAAUUGUCUACCAAACUGUUCGAAAUAAUGGCGACACGUGAAUAUGUGGCCGUUAUUGUCUUCUUUGUCGUCGCCUUAUUUUACCCAGGUGAAAGUAUUGGUCAUAAAAAUAUGACCAAUAAUGUGACCUCUGCACCACAACCACCACCACCACCGACGAUAAAUACCUGUUGCGCAAUCAACCUCCAGAGCGAAACUGCAGUAAAAUGUCAACCUUCUAAUAAACAAGGGGGCAACAAUGACAUCCUCCCUUCGAAAUCUCUCGCAAUUCCGGCCCAUUUGAUGGCAGAGAACAUAAGUUUCUCCUUCCGGAUAGCACCCCAACGAACAAAAUUCUGCUCUCCCAACUCCCUCACAACUUUCACCAUGCCCUUGAAUAUUUCUUCCUCCGACCAAUCUGAAUUAUUCCUCCUGAGAAAUGGCUACCUUCGAAUUGACGACCAUUACUUUCACCCUGAUGAAUUCUGCGUCAACGGGAAAAACGCCACAUCCCUGGAAAUCUCGGUCUGCCCUCAAUCCUGCAAAGGCCCACGUCCCUGCAUCGUAAAAUGCUGCGGUCUACAUCAAGUCUACAAUUUCGCCUUUACGCCAAAUUCUUCCCCCAAACGUGGCUGUCAAACCAUCCAGGACUACAGCAACAAUUAUUUCUCUCCCGUGACGUACACCGACUUUGAGCACGCCGCUCACGACGCCACCGCACUUGCGCCGCACUACGUGUCCCGAUACCCGUCCGAGUUCAAAUUCCAGUGCCACGAGAAUAAAACGAACCUUUUCGUGUUUCCCAGCACAGCGGAGACCAUCGCGUCGCACACGCCGUACAACAUGACCGGCCACCCUUUCAAGGUGCGGCACGACGGGAAAAUCCUGUACCGGGAGAGAGACGGCGUCUGCGCGGUGAUUGACCCCCUCGCCAGCAACAUGUGUAUCGAUGCGGUCAUCAAUUUUGGUCCGGAGGUCAAGCCGUUUAAGAAUGAUGAGGAAGAUUUGGUCCUUUUUCUGUGCUCUUUGCCACCGAGAGAGGGAGAAACCGAAGAAGGAGGGUUCUUAUAUGGUAGUUUAAUGAUUGGGAGCUCGGUUUUUCUGCUUUUGACUAUCGCUGUCUAUUUCAUGCUUUGGGAAAGGCAAACGGUUCACGGGUGGACAAUCCUAUCUCAUACGAUCUCCCUCUUUCUCAUGUACAUUUUCCUGGGAACGUCCCACCUUUUACGGGUCACGCAAGGAUAUGCCAUUCUCAGGAUGGAAUUCUGUUUUGCUAUAGCCGUUUUAUCCCAUUUCUUUUUCCUCUCGACAUUUUGCUGGUUGUGCAUGAUAAGCAUUGAUCUCUGGUUGACGUUCAGAGCGAUGACUCCACGAAGGGGCGCAAAUUCCAAGGGGUUCAAGCGCUACAGUUUCUACUCUGUGAUGGGAUGGGGAGUUCCUGCCAUAAUUGUGGGGACGGGGUGGACCCUGACGAAAGACCAUCCUGAGAGAUCCUGCGGAACCAUUUUAACGCCCGGGUAUGGAGUUACGUCCUGCUUUUUACAGGAGAAAGCACUCGGAGCUUAUCUUUACUACCCAAUCGCCGCCAUGAUAAUUAUCAAUCUUAUCUUUUUUACCGUCACAUCAGUCAAAUUAUACGUGUAUCAAAACAGCACAAAGAUUGCGACCAAGGAUGACACACAGCAGCAGUUCUAUCGCCUCUUCUUCAAACUCUUUUUCGUAAUGGGAGUUUUCUACAUUUUCGAACUCAUUUCCUGGUUUGUUUCCGGCUCUGGCGUCUUUUGGUAUUGGGCUGCCUUCGACAUUUUGAAUAUUCUCAGAGCAGUCGCCGUUUUCAUCAUUUUCGUCUGCAAACCCGACAUUCUUUGGGCAUUGGAGCAAAACUACCCAUGGCUGAAGCCAAUUCUCAUCCCAUGCGCCUGCAUUACGCGGAAGAAGCGCACAUUUUCUCAGCGCCGGGCCGCAGAAUCUGAAUCACUCGGACUGAACACGUCCCUCAGCACGAAACAAAGCACGCUGCGAAGUUCUAAUCACGUGCGAAAUAUUAAUAGAAUAAUGGAUUAAGCAGAACAAAAAUUGCAAAAUGUGCACAAAAUGUAAGCCUGCUGACUCGCAAAAAUUAUGUAUGUACGUACUGUUGACAUUAACAUUAACAAGUGUGCAAUUCUGACACAAAAAAAUCUGCAAAAUUUAAUUUGUUCUUAAAGAAAUAUAUAAAUGGCAUUUUAAUUAAAAUAUUUAUAUUUUAAUUUAUAUUUUGAUCGCUCCUAGUCAAAAUAGUAUAUACGCUUUUAACUAAUUUUACAUUAAAAUAAUUAUAAUUCUCAAAAUAAUAAUUUUAAAACUGAAAUAAAUAUGCAUAAAUAUUGCAAA